AUGAAAGAAAACCAAGUAACAUCCAAAAAACAACAAACAAUGAUCAUCAACAAGCUCAUAUUAUCUUGUAUUUUCUUCAUCUUUCUCUUGUACUUGAUACUAAGAGCAAACUCCCCAUCUUUCAAGCUAAAAAACUUAGCAAUAUACUCAUCAACAAUAUGCAACAAGAUUCCACCAUCUCUGGCUGAAUCAUUUCUCCACUAUGCCACUACCAAUCAAACAAUGCAACAAAAACACGAUGAAAUAUCGAUAACACUUAAGGUCCUUGAGAAGAAAUCACCAUGCAAUUUCUUAGUCUUUGGACUUGGAUUUGAUAGCUUAAUGUGGAGUUCAUUCAACCAUAAUGGAAGAACCAUCUUCAUCGAAGAAAAUAUAGAUUGGAUCCACAAAAUUACUAAAGAAGUACCUUCACUAGAAGCUUACCAUUACACUUAUGAAACUAGACUUGAUCAAGCUCCUGAACUUCUAAGUAUUGGUAAAAGGGAAGAUUCUUGCAAAAAGAAUUUAGGUGAUCCAAGAAAUUCAAAGUGUCCACUUGCCCUAACAAAUUUGCCAAAAGAAGUGUAUGAAAUUGAAUGGGAUUUAAUCAUGAUUGAUGCACCAACAGGUUCAUUUUACGACUUACCAGGGAGGAUGAAAGUCAUAUAUACUGUUGGAUUAUUGGCUAGGAAUAGAGAAAAUGGAGAAACUGAUGUGUUUGUGCAUGAUUGUAAAAGGUAUGUUGAAGAUAAAUUCUCUAGGAAUUUUCUUUGUGAGGGAUACAUUAGAAAAGAAGUUAGAAAUCUCAGGCACUUCACUAUCCCAAGUUAUAGAAGUGGCUUGAUUAAAUCCUUUUGUCCUUGA